GAUGACACAAUACAUCUUGUUGGUGGUGGUUAUGAUAUGGAACGUUUAUUAAAACGUUGUAAUGCUGUUGUAUAUAUAAUUGAUGCUCAAGAUGAUUAUACACAAUCAGUAUCAAGUUUAAUUAUGAUUAUUCAAAUAGGUAGACGUGUAAAUCCAAGAUUAAGAUAUGAAGUAUUUAUACAUAAAGUUGAUCAAUUGUCUGAAGAAACAAAAAUAGAAACUCAACGAGAUAUUCAUAAUCAGGUACGAGAUCGUUUUGCUGAUUUAAAUGGUGGAACAGAUUCAUGGCCAUUAACAUCAUUUGGAUCGAAUCCAAAUUCUCAAAAUAUAUUAAUCAAUUUUCAUUUAACAUCAAUAUUUGAUCAUUCAGUAUUUGAAGCAUUUUCAAAAGUAAUACAAAAAUUAUUACCACAAUUUAAUCAUUUAGAAGAUUUGCUCAAUUAUCUUAUAUCAGCAUCAAAUAUGGAACAAGCAUUUUUAUUUGAUAUACAAACAAAAAUAAGUAUUGCAACUGAUUCAUCACCAACUGACAUGCAAAUGUAUGAAUUAUGUUGUGAUAUGAUUGAUUUAUUAAUUAAUAUGAGUCAAAUAUAUGGACAACCAGAUGGUAAUGUUGUUGAAACAAUUGAAGAUGACGUGUAUGAUGAUGGAAUAAUAAAUGAUGAACAAUCUGCAGAAAAUCUUGAACCUGAAGAUGAUGAUAAGGAUGAACAUGUUCCGAAUGGUAUUCAUGAAUCAACGACUUCAUAUACGAAUGGCUCCUUAAGUACAACACCGGUGAAAACUUCUUGUUCGUCAAUAACUGAUGAAAUUAAUGAACCUACAUCAAAUGUAUUUGAUUCAAUGUCAUCAAGUGUUAUAAAAUUAACUGGUGGUCGAGCACUCUAUCUCAAAGAAAUUAAUCGUCAUCUUGCAUUAAUAUGUGUUCUACGUGAAGAAGCACUUACAAAACAAGCUAUUAUUGAAUAUAAUGUGAAUCAAUUAAAAAAGAGUAUUUUAGAAUUAUUUCAUUUAACUCAUGAGACACCUGUAGCUUCAUAG